UAAAUAAAAGAUGGCGGCCCUUACUUGGAGAAACACCGUUUAUCUGAAAUUGCAAGAAAGAAACAACAGCGAGAGGGAGCAAUAUAGGACUGUCAUCGAAUCACAUUGCAAGUUAUAUGAUAUAACUGAAAACCUGAAAAAGAAAACAGCAACAUUGACUGAUGACAUAAACAGAUUACGACAGGAAAAUCUAGAACUCCAACGAAAUGUCAUUGAAGGUGGAGGAAGAAGUGACAAACAGUUAGAACAAAAGCUGCUGAAAGCCCAUGAAGAACUUAAAGAUUUAUAUAAAAAAAGAGGAGAAAAUGCCCAAGCCUUAAUUGAUUUGAAAGAAGAAUUACAGAUUAAAGAAAAGGAUAUAUUGUCCAAGGAUCUUAGAAUAAGUGAAUUGGAAUCACGAUUAAACGCAGUAAAAUUAGCAAACGAACAUUUAGAAAGUGAUAUUGCUGAAAAAGAAACUACCAACACUAUACUUAAAGAUGAGCUGAUGGGACUUCAAAUGGCAUAUACUAAGGCCGAAGAGAAGAUUAUGAAAUUGGAUAAAGAGAAUAAAACUUUAAUUGAUAGGUGGAUGAAUCUUAAAAAAGAGGCUGCUGAGGAUCUCAACAAGGAGAAUGAAAUGUUUAGGAAAAGAAAACAAGAGAAAUUAAAAAAAGAUAUACAAGAUGCUAUUAGUAAUCCUGUAGAAAUAAAAGAGGGAUCUAUUCAUGCCCCAUCAGGACUAUUUGCAGGUGCUCUUUCCAGAAUACCGUCGAGGGCAAUAGCAAAAUUUGAUGCACACGACUCUGAAGUAUUUGGGCUUAAAUGGGCGCCCAGUGGAAAGUAUUUUGCCACUGUAGGAGGUGACAAACAAGUGAAAACUUGGGAAAAAAUUGGAAGUUCAAUUGAGAAAAAAGCACUUUUUACUCCUUGUUUCAAUAGAUCUGUAACAAGCGUUGAUUUUGACGAAGACGAGAAAUGUUUAAUUGCAUCAUCAAAUGAUUGCUCAACUCAAAUAUGGGAUCUAAGUACUCGGCAAUUACGGGUUAGAUUAACAGGGCACGAAAAUAAAGUGCACUCUUCAAAAUUUGUUUCUGGUCAUGGUAUAAAUAAAGUAGUUUCUGGUAGUCAGGAUAAAACUAUUAGAUUAUGGGAUGUUGCUAAUAAAUUAUGUUCAAGAACUUUUUGUCCGGGUUCAACUUGCUUUGAUUUAGUUGCAUACGGUGAGAAUAUAAUUAGUGGUCAUUUCGAUGGAAAAAUUAGAAUUUGGGAUAGCCAAGCUCAAGAUUCCAUGACUAAUAUUCCCCUUGAAAAUAAGACUAAGCUUCUGACUUGCUCUAGAGAUCAUUGUCUAAAAAUUACUGAUUUUAGACAGAAUCGUGUUAUAAUCACUCUUCAUGAUGAUAAUUUUCGAAUUUCAAAUGAUUGCUCUCGAGCAGUUUUUAGUCCUGACGAAAAGUAUGUUUUGGCUGGCUCAAACAAUGGUCAAAUUAUCAUAUGGAAUAUUGCAAAGCAGAGCGUUGAAUACCGAUCAGAAAAGGAGCAUAAGGGAGCUAUACAAGCGUGUUCGUGGAAUCCAAACGGUGAUGGAAUAAUAAGUUGUGAUUUGAAGAGAGGUUGCAUUCUCUGGGGCGAUUUUUAA